GAUGGCGUGCUCAUCGGUGACUAUGCUGAUUGCGGGGAAUAUGACUUGCGUGCUUGCAGUAAAUCAUAUCCUGGAAAAGUAACGCAAUGUCCACAUGUUGCAAAAAGCACGAGAUCUGACUUGUGUAUGCGUAAUUACACAAUAUGUGCAUGUUUGGUCUAGUCCAUUUCAACUGGAAGCCGAAAUGUAUUUCACUGCAGUAACCCCACUCCUAAUUCCCUUCUUCCGCCCUGCUUUUUUGUGUAUCCCACAUUACUUGACACAAUGGCCACAUCAACUGCAUCCAGCUCUGAUAAUGAUAGCUACUCAGAACAUCAUCGAAAGUUUCAAUCCACCCCAGUACCCCAGACUGAAAAAGAAUGGCUUUCAAGAGCAUCGGAAAUCUCUCAGAUCUUUGGUCAAGACGCCGCUAAAAGAGAUAUUGAGAAUAAAUCGCCUGGUGAUGAAGUAUUAUUGUUGAAAUCGUCGGGAUUACUCAAAUUAUUGGGUCCAAAGCAAUAUGGUGGCGGUGGCCAGUCUUGGGAUGUCGCAUACAAAGCGAUCAGGGAAGUAGCUAAAGGUGACGGAUCUUUGGGUAUGCUACUUGGAUACCACCUGCUUUGGUCGACGACAGCGAACAUCGUUGGUACAGAUGAGCAAAAAGAUCGAUUGCAAAAGCACAUAAUUGAGAAUAACUUUUUUAUGGGAGGUAAUUCAAUUUAUGACCUGGAAACAAAGCUUCGGACAGACUGACCAAAUACCAUUUAGGUGCCGUCAAUCCAAGAGAUUCCGAUUUGAGCAUUAAAUCUGAUGGUGAUAACAUUGUGUUCAAUGGCCAGAAACAUUUUAAUACUGGUGGGGUCGUAUCUGACAUGACAAUUCUCGAGGGUGUGCUUGAGGGAACUGGUAAACAUAUCUUUGCCGCUGUACCAACAAGACAGCCAGGUAUUAAAUUUGCCGUGAGUGAAAUGAGGGUGGUAGACCAAGUUUCAUAAUUUAGCUGACAAAAUGAACAGCACAAUUGGAACAACAUUGGUCUAAGACUCACGGAAUCCGGUAGCGUGAAGAUUGAAAAUGUUAGAGUUCCAUGGGCGGAUGCAUUAGGUUGGGAUGCCCAAACGAAGGAACCGCUUCCUGAAAUCCUUAAUGUCCCCUUCGCUACCCUACUCCUUCCCACCAUUCAAUUAGUUUUCGCAAACUUUUACAUCGGGAUCUCUCUCGGUGCUAUCGAAUCGGCGGCAAAGUAUACGACAACAUAUACGCGGGCGUGGCCUUUUGGGGGAGACAAUAAGGAUAGUCCUACAGAGGAGUGGUACAUUCUCGAGCGAUACGGCACUUUCCACGCACAUCUAUCGGCGGUUGUAGCUCUAGCAGAUUCAACCGGUGAAAAGGUGGCGGCUGUAUAUGCAGAACAUCAAGAAAAGCGCUCAGUCUCUGCACGGGAACGUGGUGAGCUGGCUGAAGCUGUUGCGGCUGUGAAAGUGGUUGCAACUGAUGUUGGGUUGAAGGUGACAAGCGGGGUAUUUGAAAUGACUGGAGCAAGAGCAACUAGUAAAAAUGUCGGAUUGGAUCGUUUCUGGCGUGAUAUUAGAACGCAUAGUCUUCAUGACCCUGUUGCUUAUAAGAAGAGGGAGCUUGGGAGGUGGGCAUUAUUGGGAGAAAUUCCGGAACCAACUUGGUAUACUUGAUGAGUGCUUGCAAUCAAAAAGAAGACGUAUCUGAAGUAAGAUGGACUAGAUAAAACAAUUCGUGAAGAUGUUGCAUUGCUCGCAGUCACACUCUAAUAGAUACGAA